AAAGGUAUUACAAAGCUUGAACUGGCAACUCAAUGUCAAAACUUCUCGGGAACUCUCUGCAAAUGCGUGAUGUGGCCAAACAUGAUUUCUCUGUCCUUGCUGUUGGCGGUGGCUUUAACAUCCGUGAUUGAGGAAGGGCUUGCAGUUGAAGAGGGCGCUGUUGCAAAACCAAUUAUGUUUGUUGACGUUGAAGUCAUCAAGAAACCAUUAUCUGAAGAGUGGUCUGCGGAGGAAUGUGCAGGGGAUUUAGACAUAAACGGUUGUAUUGACAAGACUGAACAAAAAGAGGCAACAAAAAACGCACCCAAAGCAUGGAAGAAUAAGUUAAAUGCAAUGCGGAAGGGAAGAAGAAAAAAGUGGCAGCAGAGGAUGGCCAAAAUCAGAGAAAUGGUGAGGGACAGGCAGAAGGGAAAGAUAAACGAUGGGAACAAGAAAACUUGGGCAUGGAAGAUGUUGCAGGCAAUCCUGAAAGGAAAAAAAACAAUAGCCCAAGUUAAGGCGACCUUGGGCAAGAAAAAGUUGAGGCGGAUGAAGUCAGAAAAGAGUAAAGGGAAAAGGUGGGCGUCGAGGAUGUUACUGGCACUCCUGGAUGGAACCAAAACAAUAUCGCAGGUUAAGGAGACUAUAAGAAGGCAAAAGCUGAAGAAGUUGCAGUCGCAGAAUGAGGAAGAAAUUAAUGAAGAAAAGACAGUAGAAGAAGCAGAUCUGCUGGAGAAGUUAGAAGGAGAGGAGUGCAAGGGUGCUGCGGAUAGUGAAGCCUGUACGAAGGAGAUGGCAGAAAUAAAUGAUGGGAAAAAGACAACUUGGGCAUGGAAGAUGUUGCAAGCAAUCUUGAAAGGAAACAAAACAAUAGCAGAAGUUAGGGGAACAGUCGGCAAGCGAAAGUUGAGGCGGAUGAGGUCAGGAAAGGGUAAAGGGAAAAGGUGGGCGUCGAGGAUGUUACUGGCACUCCUGGAUGGAACCAAAACAAUAUCGCAGGUUAAGGAGACUAUAAGAAAGCAAAAGCUGAAGAAGUUGCAGUCGCAGAAUGAGGAAGAAAUUAAUGAAGAAAAGACAGUAGAAGAAGCAGAUGUGCUGGAGAAGUUAGAAGGAGAGGAGUGCAAGGGUGCUGUGGAUAGUGAAGCCUGUACGAAGGAGAUGGCAGAAAUAAAUGAUGGGAAAAAGACAACUUGGGCAUGGAAGAUGUUGCAAGCAAUCCUGAAAGGAAACAAGACAAUAGCAGAAGUUAGGGGAACAGUCGGCAAGCGAAAGUUGAGGCGGAUGAGGUCAGGAAAGGGUAAAGGGAAAAGGUGGGCGUCGAGGAUGUUACUAGCACUCCUGGAUGGAACCAAAACAAUAUCACAGGUUAAGGAGACCAUAGGGAAGCAGAAGCUGAAGAAGUUGCAGUCGCAGAAUGAGGAAGAAAUUAAUGAUGAAAAGACAGUAGAAGAAGCAGAUCUGCUGGAGAAGUUAGAAGGAGAGGAGUGCAAGGGUGCAGCGGAUAGUGAAGCCUGUAUGAAGGAGAUGGCAGAAAUAAAUGAUGGGAAAAAGACAACUUGGGCAUGGAAGAUGUUGCAAGCAAUCCUGAAAGGAAACAAGACAAUAGCAGAAGUUAGGGGAACAGUCAGCAAGCAAAAGUUGAGGCGGAUGAGGUCAGGAAAGGGUAAAGGGAAAAGGUGGGCGUCGAAGAUGUUACUGGCACUCCUGGAUGGAACCAAAACAAUAUCACAGGUUAAGGAGACUAUAGGGAAGCAGAAGCUGAAGAAGUUGCAGUCGCAGAAUGAGGAAGAAAUUAAUGAAGAAAAGACAGUAGAAGAAGCAGUUCUACUGGAGAAGUUAGAAGGAGAGGAGUGCAAGGGUGCAGCGGAUAGUGAAGCCUGUACGAAGGAGAUGGCAGAAAUAAAUGAUGGGAAAAAGACAACUUGGGCAUGGAAGAUGUUGCAAGCAAUUCUGAAAGGAAACAAGACAAUAGCAGAAGUUAGGGGAACAGUCGGCAAGCAAAAGUUGAGGCGGAUGAGGUCAGGAAAGGGUAAAGGGAAAAGGUGGGCGUUGAGGAUGUUACUGGCACUCCUGGAUGGAACCAAAACAAUAUCACAGGUUAAGGAGACCAUAGGGAAGCAGAAGCUGAAGAAGUUGCAGUCGCAGAAUGAGGAAGAAAUUAAUGAAGAAAAGACAGUAGAAGAAGCAGAUCUACUGGAGAAGUUAGAAGGAGAGGAGUGCAAGGGUGCUGCGGAUAGUGAAGCCUGUACGAAGGAGAUGGCAGAAAUAAAUGAUGGGAAAAAGACAACUUGGGCAUGGAAGAUGUUGCAAGCAAUUCUGAAAGGAAACAAGACAAUAGCAGAAGUUAGGGGAACAGUCGGCAAGCAAAAGUUGAGGCGGAUGAGGUCAGGAAAGGGUAAAGGGAAAAGGUGGGCGUCGAAGAUGUUACUGGCACUCCUGGAUGGAACCAAAACAAUAUCACAGGUUAAGGAGACCAUAGGGAAGCAGAAGCUGAAGAAGUUGCAGUCGCAGAAUGAGGAAGAAAUUAAUGAAGAAAAGACAGUAGAAGAAGCAGUUCUACUGGAGAAGUUAGAAGGAGAGGAGUGCAAGGGUGCAGCGGAUAGUGAAGCCUGUACGAAGGAGAUGGCAGAAAUAAAUGAUGGGAAAAAGACAACUUGGGCAUGGAAGAUGUUGCAAGCAAUUCUGAAAGGAAACAAGACAAUAGCAGAAGUUAGGGGAACAGUCGGCAAGCAAAAGUUGAGGCGGAUGAGGUCAGGAAAGGGUAAAGGGAAAAGGUGGGCGUCGAGGAUGUUACUAGCACUCCUGGAUGGAACCAAAACAAUAUCACAGGUUAAGGAGACCAUAGGGAAGCAGAAGCUGAAGAAGUUGCAGUCGCAGAAUGAGGAAGAAAUUAAUGAAGAAAAGACAGUAGAAGAAGCAGAUCUGCUGGAGAAGUUAGAAGGAGAGGAGUGCAAGGGUGCAGCGGAUAGUGAAGCCUGUAUGAAGGAGAUGGCAGAAAUAAAUGAUGGGAAAAAGACAACUUGGGCACGGAAGAUGUUGCAAGCAAUCCUGAAAGGAAACAAGACAAUAGCAGAAGUUAGGGGAACAGUCGGCAAGCAAAAGUUGAGGCGGAUGAGGUCAGGAAAGGGUAAAGGGAAAAGGUGGGCGUCGAAGAUGUUACUGGCACUCCUGGAUGGAACCAAAACAAUAUCACAGGUUAAGGAGACCAUAGGGAAGCAGAAGCUGAAGAAGUUGCAGUCGCAGAAUGAGGAAGAAAUUAAUGAAGAAAAGACAGUAGAAGAAGCAGUUCUACUGGAGAAGUUAGAAGGAGAGGAGUGCAAGGGUGCUGCGGAUAGUGAAGCCUGUACGAAGGAGAUGGCAGAAAUAAAUGAUGGGAAAAAGACAACUUGGGCAUGGAAGAUGUUGCAAGCAAUCCUGAAAGGAAACAAGACAAUAGCAGAAGUUAGGGGAACAGUCGGCAAGCAAAAGUUGAGGCGGAUGAGGUCAGGAAAGGGUAAAGAGAAAAGGUGGGCGUCGAGGAUGUUACUAGCACUCCUGGAUGGAACCAAAACAAUAUCACAGGUUGAGGAGACCAUAGGGAAGCAGAAGCUGAAGAAGUUGCAGUCGCAGAAUGAGGAAGAAAUUAAUGAAGAAAAGACAGUAGAAGAAGCAGAUCUACUGGAGAAGUUAGAAGGAGAGGAGUGCAAGGGUGCUGCGGAUAGUGAAGCCUGUAUGAAGGAGAUGGCAGAAAUAAAUGAUGGGAAAAAGACAACUUGGGCAUGGAAAAUGUUGCAAGCAAUCCUGAAAGGAAACAAGACAAUAGCAGAAGUUAGGGGAACAGUCGGCAAGCAAAAGUUGAGGCGGAUGAGGUCAGGAAAGGGUAAAAGGAAAAGGUGGGCGUUGAGGAUGUUACUGGCACUCCUGGAUGGAACCAAAACAAUAUCACAGGUUAAGGAGACUAUAGGGAAGCAGAAGCUGAAGAAGUUGCAGUCGCAGAAUGAGGAAGAAAUUAAUGAAGAAAAGACAGUAGAAGAAGCAGAUCUGCUGGAGAAGUUAGAAGGAGAGGAGUGCAAGGGUGCUGCGGAUAGUGAAGCCUGUAUGAAGGAGAUGGCAGAAAUAAAUGAUGGGAAAAAGACAACUUGGGCAUGGAAGAUGUUGCAAGCAAUCCUGAAAGGAAACAAGACAAUAGCAGAAGUUAGGGGAACAGUCGGCAAGCAAAAGUUGAGGCGGAUGAGGUCAGGAAAGGGUAAAGAGAAAAGGUGGGCGUCGAGGAUGUUACUAGCACUCCUGGAUGGAACCAAAACAAUAUCACAGGUUAAGGAGACCAUAGGGAAGCAGAAGCUGAAGAAGUUGCAGUCGCAGAAUGAGGAAGAAAUUAAUGAAGAAAAGACAGUAGAAGAAGCAGAUCUACUGGAGAAGUUAGAAGGAGAGGAGUGCAAGGGUGCUGCGGAUAGUGAAGCCUGUAUGAAGGAGAUGGCAGAAAUAAAUGAUGGGAAAAAGACAACUUGGGCAUGGAAAAUGUUGCAAGCAAUCCUGAAAGGAAACAAGACAAUAGCAGAAGUUAGGGGAACAGUCGGCAAGCAAAAGUUGAGGCGGAUGAGGUCAGGAAAGGGUAAAAGGAAAAGGUGGGCGUUGAGGAUGUUACUGGCACUCCUGGAUGGAACCAAAACAAUAUCACAGGUUAAGGAGACUAUAGGGAAGCAGAAGCUGAAGAAGUUGCAGUCGCAGAAUGAGGAAGAAAUUAAUGAAGAAAAGACAGUAGAAGAAGCAGAUCUGCUGGAGAAGUUAGAAGGAGAGGAGUGCAAGGGUGCUGCGGAUAGUGAAGCCUGUAUGAAGGAGAUGGCAGAAAUAAAUGAUGGGAAAAAGACAACUUGGGCAUGGAAGAUGUUGCAAGCAAUCCUGAAAGGAAACAAGACAAUAGCAGAAGUUAGGGGAACAGUCGGCAAGCAAAAGUUGAGGCGGAUGAGGUCAGGAAAGGGUAAAAGGAAAAGGUGGGCGUUGAGGAUGUUACUGGCACUCCUGGAUGGAACCAAAACAAUAUCACAGGUUAAGGAGACUAUAGGGAAGCAGAAGCUGAAGAAGUUGCAGUCGCAGAAUGAGGAAGAAAUUAAUGAAGAAAAGACAGUAGAAGAAGCAGAUCUGCUGGAGAAGUUAGAAGGAGAGGAGUGCAAGGGUGCUGCGGAUAGUGAAGCCUGUAUGAAGGAGAUGGCAGAAAUAAAUGAUGGGAAAAAGACAACUUGGGCAUGGAAGAUGUUGCAAGCAAUCCUGAAAGGAAACAAGACAAUAGCAGAAGUUAGGGGAACAGUCGGCAAGCAAAAGUUGAGGCGGAUGAGGUCAGGAAAGGGUAAAGGGAAAAGGUGGGCGUCGAGGAUGUUACUGGCACUCCUGGAUGGAACCAAAACAAUAUCACAGGUUAAGGAGACCAUAGGGAAGCAGAAGCUGAAGAAGUUGCAGUCGCAGAAUGAGGAAGAAAUUAAUGAAGAAAAGACAGUAGAAGAAGCAGAUCUGCUGGAGAAGUUAGAAGGAGAGGAGUGCAAGGGUGCUGCGGAUAGUGAAGCCUGUAUGAAGGAGAUGGCAGAAAUAAAUGAUGGGAAGAAGACAACUUGGGCAUGGAAGAUGUUGCAAGCAAUCCUGAAAGGAAACAAAACAAUAAGCGAAGUUAGGGGAACAGUCGGCAAGCGAAAGUUGAGGCGGAUGAUGUCAGGAAAGGGUAAAGAGAAAAGGUGGGCGUCGAGGAUGUUACUGGCACUCCUGGAUGGAACCAAAACAAUAUCACAGGUUAAGGAGACCAUAGGGAAGCAGAAGCUGAAGAAGUUGCAGUCGCAGAAUGAGGAAGAAAUUAAUAAAGAAAAGACAGUAGAAGAAGCAGAUCUGCUGGAGAAGUUAGAAGGAGAGGAGUGCAAGGGUGCUGCGGAUAGUGAAGCCUGUACGAAGGAGAUGGCAGAAAUAAAUGAUGGGAAAAAGACAACUUGGGCAUGGAAGAUGUUGCAAGCAAUUCUGAAAGGAACCAAAACAAUAGCGCAAGUUAGGAGAACAGUCGGCAAGCGAAAAUUGAGGCGGAUGAGGUCAGAAAAGGGUAAAGGGAAAAGGUGGGCAUCGAGGAUGUUACUGGCACUCCUGGAUGGAACGAAAACAAUAUCGCAGGUUAGGAAAUUGAAAGUGCCGUCGGAAACUGGGGCGGAACGUGCAGAAGAAUGCAAGGGAGCUUCUGACAUUGCUGCUUGUAUGAAGAAGCUUAGAAAAGCUAAUGGUCGAAAAAGGCCAUCCUUGGGAGGUAAAUUUUUACAGGCUAUCCGGAAUAAAAUAAGACCAAGACAAGCAAAUUACCAGGAUGUUUCUUGAGAAAGGGGAAGAAAUUAACGAAAAGAAUAUUGUGUGGAGAAUUAAUUAGACGUUAAGCAAGGGAGGAAGAUGAUACAUUCGCGUUAAGCAUGUAUGCAAAUGGUGCCAUGAGAAGCAAUAUUGUCUUUUUUUAUGAAAUGAAUAAUAGUAGAAAGUUAAGUAACAAUAAAUGGUCGUGCUAGCAGUAAUGAUGUCAUAUAAAUAAAAGUUAUUCAAGAUGAA